UUGGCUCUCAGCUCAUUUGACGUUCAUUCUGAAGUAUUAUGUACAGCUCUGAUGAAUUCUGCCACGUGAAUAAAUUCGACUUACGUCCACUAUUUGGCAUGUAGUCAGUAAUUACGGACACAUUUGGUGCACAUGCUUUUCCAGACAGUUAGACAUCGUGUUUCUCUUUGAGGUGCAGCGGCAGCUAGCCGACAGCUGGCGGCGGUAACGAGGCGCGCGCGGGUUGCUACGACCUCCUCACACACCAACGAAGAAGAAACCGGGCGAAAUGGCAGCGCUCGUGAGAGGCGUGUUACGCCUGGUUGCCAUGGAGCAAAGCGGCGUUUUAUCAAAGCGGAUGGGCUUGGUCGUGGAGUCCAAACGGUAUGUCCGCGGACUGAGGCGGAAACCCGUCCAAGUGUUGUUUCCCGAAAACGAGACGGGGAAGGUCGUGAGGCCGCCCCCGGAGUCCCUGCAAACGGCCGCGAGGCAACCGGGGAAGAAGCAGGGGGAGCCGGAAGUGCCCCCUGCUUUCCACUACGCAGAGAAAAGUGGCCCAGUCAAAGUAAAGAGCAGCCUGCAGCCGGCCGGAAGCCCCCCCCAGGGUCCCCCCACGAAGGGUCAUGUUGACGGGCUGCCCUUUGAGAGGGCUCUUCCUGGAGACAAGAGAUUAGCGCGGCUGGUGAGCGUUGCUCGUUCCAGGACAUUCAGGGAGCACCAAGGAAAAAUCCUCCUGGAGGGCAAACGCCUGAUCUGUGAUGCUCUGGAUGCGGGAGCCAGCCCCCAGAUGGUGUUCUUCAGCACGGCCGACCGUCUCCGGGAGCUGCCUUUGGACAGACUGAGAAGGGCAACGCUGGUCAAAGUCAAGUUUGAGGAUAUCAAACUUUGGUCUGACCUCGUGGCUCCACAAGGAGUGAUUGCCAUAUUUGCCCGCCCGGACCCAUCGCGCCUGAACUUCUCAAACAGGAGCCAGUCGGUGCCGCUGUCCCUGAUCUGUGACAACGUCCGAGACCCCGGGAAUCUGGGGACCAUGCUGCGAUGUGCGGCUGCUGCCGGCUGCCGUGAUGUUCUCCUCACCAAGGGUUGUGUGGACGUCUGGGAGCCCAAAGUCCUGCGCGCGGCCAUGGGGGCGCAUUUUCGACUUCCCAUCUAUCCCAGUCUGGACUGGGACGUCGUGGAAAAACACUUGUCAGCGUCAGUGACCGUCCACGUGGCGGACAGCUGCUGUGGUCCCGACAGGAGAGACGCGGAGGAUGGUGUGACUCCGAAGGGCCCCAAAGCCGGAGACCUGGGCUGGAUCAGCUCGCGGCCCAAUCGCAAAAACGUCUGCUACGAGGAUUACGACUCGGACUCUGAGGAUGAGGGAGUUUCCCUCCCGAAAGUUGACACUAAGCUGUACCACGAGAGUUGGGCCCACAGUCCCACGGCUCUGGUCAUAGGGGGGGAGACGCACGGCCUGAGUCUGGAAGCCGUGCGGUUGGCUGAGAAAAGCGACGGUCACAGGCUCUUCAUUCCCGUCGUCCCGGACGUGGACAGUCUGAAUUCUGCCAUGGCAGCCAGCAUCCUUUUGUUUGAGGGAAGACGGCAGCUGUUAAAACUACUGCAGACGUCCGGGAAAAAAAGGAAAUCUGAAGCUGAGAGGCAGCUUUUAUGA